AUGGGUAAUAUAGAGAGUGUUGACGGCCAGUCGGAUAUGAAGCAUCACAUCAUGCCCCUGAAGGUGCCCAUGCCUGACCCCACCGAGCUGGAGGAGAAAUUUGCCAUUGUUUUGAACUCCAUGAAUCUGCCCCCAGACAAAGCCCGGCUCCUCAGGCAGUAUGACAAUGAGAAAAAGUGGGACCUGAUCUGCGACCAGGAAAGGUUUCAGGUGAAGAAUCCGCCUCACACCUACAUCCAGAAGCUCAGAGGAUACUUAGACCCUGGAGUCACGCGGAAGAAGUUUCGCAGACGCGUGCAGGAAUCUACGAAAGUCUUGAGGGAGCUGGAGAUAUCACUGCGGACAAACCACAUCGGGUGGGUCAGGGAGUUCCUUAAUGACGAAAACAGAGGUCUUGAUGUCCUGGUGGAGUACCUCUCCUUUGCCCAGUGCGCUGUCAUGUUGGAUUUUGAGGGGCUGGAAAAUGGGGAGGAUGGCUUCUUGGACAAGGCUAAAUCAUGGAGUAGGUCCAUAGAGGAUCUGCACCAUUCCAGCGCCCAGCCAUUCUGCAACACACUGGUGCGCUCUGCCCGCCAGUCUGUCCUGCGCUAUGGCUCUGGUUCAAACAGCAAAACCAUCAAGAACUCCCGUCUCGUGAGUCAAAAAGAUGAUGUGCACGUGUGCAUCAUGUGCUUGAGAGCAAUCAUGAACUACCAGUAUGGCUUCAAUAUGGUCAUGUCUCAUGCACAUGCUGUCAAUGAAAUUGCUCUCAGCUUGAACAACAAGAACUCACGAACAAAAGCGCUGGUCCUCGAGCUACUUGCUGCUGUCUGUCUUGUCCGAGGAGGUCAUGAGAUCAUCCUCUCAGCGUUUGACAACUUCAAAGAGGUCUGUAAAGAGAAGCAUCGCUUUGAGAGACUAAUGGAUUACUUCCGCAGCGAGGAGGGAAACAUUGAUUUCAUGGUCGCUUGCAUGCAGUUCAUCAACAUUGUGGUCCACUCAGUUGAAGACAUGAACUUCAGAGUCCACCUUCAAUAUGAAUUCACCAAACUGGGGUUGGAUGACUAUCUUGAGAAAUCUAAGCACACAGAGAGUGACAAGCUGUCAGUGCAGAUCCAGGCCUACCUAGACAACGUGUUCGAUGUUGGUGGCCUCCUUGAAGAUGCAGAGACAAAGAAUGCAGCCCUGGAGAAGGUGGAGGAGCUGGAGGAGCACCUGUCCCAUGUAACGGAAAAGCUGCUGGAAGUUGAGAAUGAAACAAUGAUGAAAGUAGCUGACCUGGAGAAGGUGCUUCUUCAGAAAGACAAGGACCUCCAAGCAAUACGGGAGACGUACGAUUCGACCAACACCCAGGUCACCACCCUGAGGAGGAUGAUAAAGGAGAAGGACGCAGCCUUUCAGAGGCACUUCAACAUCGAGAAGCGGCUGCUGGAGCUGGAGAAACAGGGCACCCUCCGUUUGCACAAGAAACCCGAUGGGGACAUCGCCAUCGAGCCGCUGGGGGCCGGGGGUGUGCCCGGAGGGGUCGGGAUCCCUUUCGGGGACUUUGGGCCGCUGUCUCUGGGGUCAGCAGCUGGGCUGACAGAACUAGGAGGACCAGACACGAGUUUACCACCAGCCAGUGAAGCUCCCCCCCCUCCUCCGCCGCCUCCACCACCUCCCCCUCCCCUUCCGUCAGCCACAGCUGCACCAGUCCCACCACCUCCUCCUCCUCUUGCUCCUCCUCUGCCAGAUGCUUCACCCUCUGUCAUCCUGAGUGUGGGUCUCUCAGCUAUCAGAAUCAAAAAGCCUAUCAAGACCAAGUUCCGCUUGCCUGUGUUUAACUGGACAGCCUUAAAGCCAAAUCAGAUCAAUGGCACAGUCUUCAAUGAGAUCGAUGAUGAACGUGUACUUGAGGUGCUGGAUCUGGAGAGGUUUGAGGAGUUGUUUAAGACCAGGGCCCAGGGCCCAGUUGUCGAUCUUUCCUGCACAAAGAACAAAGUAGCCCAGAAAGCCGUCAACAAAGUCACGCUUCUGGAUGCCAACCGCUCCAAAAACCUGGCUAUUACCCUGCGAAAGGCAAAUAAGACCACAGAGGAGAUCUGCAAAGCAAUAGAGAAGUUUGACCUCCAGGCGCUGCCUGUGGAUUUUGUGGAGUGUCUGAUGCGUUUUCUGCCCACUGAUGCCGAAGUCAAGGUGCUUCGCCAGUACGAGCGCGAACGCCGUCCACUUGAUCAGCUGGCAGAGGAAGAUCGCUUCAUGCUAUUUUUCAGCAAGAUCGAGAGGCUCACCCAAAGAAUGAACAUCAUCACCUUUGUCGGGAACUUUGGAGACAACAUCAGCAUGCUGACUCCACAGCUCAACGCCGUCAUCGCUGCGUCCGGCUCAGUGAAAUCCUCACCAAAGCUAAAGAGAAUGCUCGAGAUCAUCUUAGCCUUGGGAAAUUACAUGAACAGCAGCAAACGGGGCUGUGUUUAUGGCUUCAAAUUACAAAGUCUUGAUCUGCUUCUAGAUACCAAAUCCACAGACAGAAAAAUGACAUUGCUCCACUACAUUGCUCUCAUUGUGAAAGAGAAGUACCCCGAGUUGGCCAACUUCUACAAUGAGUUGCAUUUUGUGGAUAAAGCUGCUGCAGUAUCUCUGGAAAAUGUGCUGCUCGACGUACGGGAGCUGGGCAAAGGCAUGGACCUGAUCAGGAGAGAGUGCAGUCUCCAUGAUCAUUCGGUGCUGAAGGGCUUCAUCCAGUCCAGUGACACGCAGCUGGACAAGCUGCAGAAGGAUGCCAAGGCAGCAGAGGAAGCCUUCAACAGCGUGGUGAACUACUUCGGAGAGAGUGCCAAGACGACUCCGCCCUCUGUGUUCUUCCCCGUGUUUGUACGCUUUAUCAGGGCCUACAAGGACGCAGUGGAAGAAAAUGAACUGAGGAAAAAGCAAGAGGAAGCAAUGAGAGAGAAGUUACUGGCUCAGGAGGCUAAGCAGCAUGACCCCAAGGUCCAGGCCCAGAAGAAAAGGCACCAGCAGCAGGAGCUGAUCGCAGAGCUGCGCAGGAGGCAAGCCAAAGACCACCGGCCCGUGUACGAGGGCAAAGACGGCACUAUCGAAGACAUCAUCACAGUCCUGAAGAGCGUGCCCUUCACAGCCCGCACUGCUAAACGCGGCUCACGGUUCUUCUGUGAAGCCAACCUCUGCGACGACGCCAACUGCUAGCCCUCCCCCCCUCUAAUGCCAAGAUCUCCGAAACCAGCCCUUCCUGCGAGCUGACGCCUUGAUCCGGAGCGGUUGGAAGAGACCCUAAACCACUUAUCUGUCACUUAUAUUCCCCUCUUCCUUGUAACCCUUCCUCCUGUGGUUCAUUUCAACCCCUGAGGCUGCAGAUCACAAAUACACACACACACAUACACACAAAAGACUCCAAUGGAGAAACAGGACAGAGGCCUUGUCUUGACUUGGUAAUUUAUUUAUUUAUGGAGGCCCUUUACAGCCACUUUUAAGCCAGCGUGCAUCACUUUGGAAGCUCAGGUGGGCAACUCCUUUGACUUUCUCUUGCUUUGCCGGCACCGAGAGCCAAACUAGUUGGAAGACGACUGCAGUACAGAUGAGGCCAAUCAAGGACUUGCCGGGGAAGAAGUUGCGUUUUCACCAACAAGUGCCCGACAGUGCGUGGAUCUUCUCGCCGACUUUUCUCAGAGGCUGCUAAUUUUCCCAAGACGAUGCAGUCGUGGCAGGACUCAGACUGGGAGGCAGCCAAGUUCCCAUCGCUGCUGCUGGCACGUGUGCCUGGAAAACACUGUGUGUUUGGACCGUCCUCCAAACAGCAGGGAAGCUUUGGAUGGUAUAAUCAGACACUUCUGGACUAAAAAGUGUCACACCAAGUCUUCACAGCACGUUCAGUCAAGACUUAACAUCGACAAUGCUUGUUUAGAUUGUACCCUGAAGGAAGCGCCGUCACUUUAAGUGCUUCUUUUGGACGAGCUAGCCAAACCAAAAUGAUCUCAAAUGUCUCGUGUUUAAUGAGUGCCUUUUGUGUAAACAGUGUUAUUUCUGAUGAUCUUGCCAUAAUUUCUUAAAUUUACAUCUUUCAUUUGUUAAAUUGUAUUCUUUACCACCUUGUGCUAUAACCUUAUAAUUCUGACCAUGUGCAAGUAGAAACUUACUCUUUUACAAACGUUUGGACACUUUAAAGGUUAUCGGUUUACCUCUCUGUUUCAGAUCAAAGCAGAUGACAUGAGAUGUCAUCUCAUCUCCAUUCUAUGUCCAGUGAGUGGUUCAAGACAGAAUGCUUGAGCGUGGGCCUAGAAACACUUCCGGUUUCACCUUAAGUGGCAUGUGGAAGUGAAAUGUAAAUGUGUAAGACUUAAUAAGGGCUCCCGUUGAGAGGUUCCCACGAUGUUUGCGUUACCUGCUCUAAAGCUGUAAUAGAUGAAGGAUGUUUCAAACAUCUUUUUUAUUUUUAUUUUAACCCUGUACAAGUGCUUCCUCCUAGCAGCUCUUGACCUACAUUAGCACAAAGUGAGAGAUGUACCCUUACACUACUUAAUUUGGUGCAAGAUUGUAUUAUACACUAUUCUGUAAGUGGAUAUUUUUAUUAAUGUACAUUUGAAUCAAGAACUCUAGAAUAAGCCCGCUUUGUGACAGAUGACACUUCGUGUUCAAUAAAUAAAAAAGUAAAUUAAAAUGAUAUUACAGUUCAAGGAAAUUAACGCAAAAGGAUGGGGGUCCUUUCAUGAAGCAACGUCAAAGAAGCAAUGCAUUGACUUUGGGUGUUUUAUUUCUUCAUUCUUCAAAAGGUAACUAAGGCAGGUCUCUGGCGCACUCCAAUGAGAAAUAAGGGGCAAUAUUUCUUCUCCAUCUCGCCAAAUGACAGACACGGCCACUUUACAUUUCUACUAUAAAAAUCCAUUUAAUUUUAUAUAUAAAAAAGAAAUGGAAUCAUAACAAAACAAUCAGAACCACAAAUAUGUGGGUUUUUGCCACCGAAUGAAAUCCUCCAACUGAAACAUGAUUGUUCUGAUUCACAUGGACACUUGAAAAUUAAACAGAGCAGAAUGUUUGAAAAUAAAAACAAGAAGUUAUUAAGUGAGGCCACAGUAUCCUCUUGGUCGGUGGGGUGUGAGAGGCACCAUACAGCGUGAUGUGGCAGGUAUGGCUGAUGAGCUCAGUUAAAAGCAGUGUGCCCAGCAGUGACUGACAGCAAGCAACAAAGUCGCAACUAAAGACGUGCCUGACAGGUGGUUAGCAGCAAAGCGAAGAAUUUGAAAAUCAAAAAUAAAACAAAACAAAAAAACAUUAAACAUUUCUCAAUAGGAAGUUGGUCAGUCUCCUUCCUAGGAAUGCACAUGAGAAAGAGCUUUAAUCUAAAUUAUAGGAAGGUAGCAGAUAAAAGAAAAAGAAAAAAAAAAGUUUAAUCUCCCACAGAACUUCGUACCAUCAGUCUCCCUGCCCUUUCCUGAAAGUAUGUUUACAAUCAAAAGACGAGGAACAAAAGCCGAGUGCAGUUAUUCUCUGCUAAUUGUUGGUCAAAAAUGGGUUUUCGAUGAAUUAACAGAAGCUCGUCUUCACUCCCAAAAAGAAUGUGCUAAAGCAGUUUCUUCAGCUCCUGUCCAGAGUGUCCUGCAGUAAGCUAAACCAAGGCCACGGAUAUCCAUCCCAGACUUUUCAUCCUGGAAUGUGGACUUAAUUACAAUCAUCUUCAUCCACUCACACACUGCUAUUUAGUCAUUCAUUGCUGACACAAAGUAUUUCAAUUAAACACGGACUUUAAAAAAGGGUUAAAAAGUACAGACUGCUAUUUGAUACUGUUGUUUGUAUUCCUGGGUACAUUUUCAAGACACUUUGUUAAUAGGUUCUUAUAUGGAAAUAUAUUUAUAUAUAUAU